CCGCACCGUUAACAAGUUGUCCGCCUGUUUUGAUCGAAUCGAGUUGGGAAUUUACCCCAAACCGAUUUUCGUUUCGCUGCAACAGGUUCCCAACGCCACUUUCCCCUUUCCACCGGCUUCAAUUGCAUCCGGAGAGACAGACCGCAUGAAUCAGUCCCAACCAGUUAAACCGCCCACCAGUGAAAGAUGAGUGGCGUUGAGACCGCAGAAGCCGAGGCACAGGCUCAAAACCAGGCAAAUGGAAAUAGGACCAGAUCGCGAUCCCACUUGGACAACACUAUUGCCAUACGGCUGAUGCCACUGCCCGUACGUGCCCAGCUCUGCGCCCACUUGGAUUCCCUGGAUGUGUGGCAACAACUGGCCACUACCGUAAAACUUUAUCCGGACCAAGUUGAACAGAUUAGCAGCCAGAAGGAUCGGGGUCGCUCAGCAUCCAAUGAGUUUCUUAACAUUUGGGGCGGCCAGUACAAUCACACUAUACAAACUUUGUUUGCUUUGUUUAAAAAAUUGAAGCUGCAUAACGCAAUGCGCCUAAUUAAGGAUUAUGUCAACGAAGACCUCCACAAGUACAUUCCAAGAAGCGUUCCCACCAUAAGCGAGCUGCGUGCUGCUCCUGAUUCUAGUGCUAAAGUGGACAAUGGCCCGCCUUUUCCCUCUUCGUCGGGCGUCAGCAACUCAAACAACAAUCGCACUAGUACCACGACGGAGGAGAUUCCCAGUCUGGAGUCCCUGGGCAACAUCCACAUUAGUACAGUUCAACGGGCUGCCGAGUCCCUGCUUAAAAUUGACUAUUCGGAGUUAGAAAGUGCAACGGACAGGUGGUGUCCCGAAAAUCGCCUUGGACAAGGCGGAUUCGGAGAGGUGUAUCGCGGAGAGUGGAAGCAGCUGGACGUGGCCAUUAAGGUUAUGAACUACCGCAGUCCUAACAUCGACAAAAACCAGGUGGAGCUGCAGCAGAGCUACAACGAAUUGAAAUAUCUCAAUACCAUUCGGCACGACAACAUUCUAGCUCUCUACGGCUAUAGUAUCAAUGGGGAAAAGCCCUGCCUCGUCUACCAGCUUAUGAAGGGCGGUUCCCUGGAGAACCGUCUGAGGGCACACAAAGCACAACAGCCGCUUCCGGCUCUCACCUGGCAGCAGCGGUUUAGCAUCAGCCACGGCACAGCUAGAGGGAUUUACUUUCUGCACACGGCACGGAGUACUCCGCUUAUCCAUGGAGACAUCAAACCGGCGAACAUCCUUUUAGAUCAAUGCCUGCAACCCAAGAUUGGCGAUUUCGGACUGGCCCGCGAGGGACCCAAAUCCAUAGACGCUGUGAUGCAAGUAAAGAAAGUGUUUGGAACCAGGAUCUAUCUACCCCCGGAGUUCCGCAACUCUAAGCAGCUUAGCACAGGCGUGGACGUCUACAGCUUUGGCAUUGUGCUAUUAGAAGUGUUCACAGGGCGCCAGGUGACGGAUAGGCUGCCCAAAAAUGAUAUGCAGCAGGACUUGCUGCACUACGUCAAGCAGCACUGGCGACAGAACCGAAUGGAACUGCUGGACAAGCACCUUCCUACACCGAUGGGAGAAGAGCUGGACAUGUGCCUGUGCGCUAUCGAGGCGGGACUGCACUGCACAGCUCUAGAUCCGCAGGAUCGACCAUCGAUGGACGCCGUGCUCAACCGUUUCAAGCCAUUCCGCAAUGAUUUUAAUGGCAUUUAAAUACCUAAGUGACUUUUAAUAGACGAACUUUAAAAGCUCGAAGCACCAUAUUCACAAAAUUUAACUGAAUUGAAUUAUGCGAUAGCAAUAUAUUAUCAACUUAAAAAUCCUUAAAGACUUAUUUUUAUUUAAAAAAUGUACAUUUUUAAACAAUUUGUUAUUAAAACUUUGUAUACUUAUUUGUUACUGGAAUGUUAUUCAGAAAAUACCUAUUAUAAAAAAUCCUUUUCAAUUUUAAAA